AUGGAACGUGUAAACCCCGCAUUACUGUGCCUCGGAGAGAUGGAAAGCACCGAGGAUCACCCGCAGAUCCCAUACUCGCGGAGAGAGAUGAUUGACUGUUUGGGUCUGGAGAUCUACAAGACACCUGAAGAAUGGUUGCGGCUUACCGCUUUCCAACCCAACAAGUUCGCAUUGGUUUCCUUUCCAGGUCUAGACUGGCUCUCCUUUAACUUUCAAGUUCAAUUUGCUGCAUGUGAUUGUCCGAGGCUUGAGGACCUGAACCAGUAUGACUGCACUAAUUAUAGAGUAAUCACCAAUGUGCCUGGAUUAUACGUUACCAUUGACGCUUAUACUUAUCUUGACAUACAGCACUUCUCCAUGCUUAGAAAUUUGCUCGCUAUUCCUGUUUGGGACAGAAUCUUGACUGUUGUCACCCCUCACUUCCAGGGAUCAUUUGCGUGCGGCUCUGUUUUCCUCAAUAUGUUGUUCCAGAGCUAUGUUCAUGUCAACUCUGAGAGUUCCAUUCAAGUUCUCUGCAAAAUGCCCUCAGCUAUGAGUGACCAGUCCACAAUCAUACCCGCCAACAGAUCGGGUUAUAUCCAUCACAAGUCACCAGCGGGAUCGACUGUCAGGACAACCCCAACCUUGUAUGACAUUAUACCAGCUACAGAAUCCAAAGAAUGGGUUGAAUCGAGCGUGAAAGUCAAUUGCGUGGUUCCCCUGGCAAAGAUAAUGAAUAAGGAAACUGCAGAAGCACAGGGUAACAUCGGCACCCGUGGCAAUCAAGCACCAAGAACAGACCCAGAGAAGAGCGCCCACCUUGAAGACAGGGGGAGGAAGAGCCCUACAGGGAAUUAUGAAAUGAAGCCGAAUGCAGUGGGGGCGAAGAUCAAAUCUCGGCCCGCAAGUCAUCUCACCCUCAGUGACCUUGACUGGACUGCUUAUGCCACAACUGAUCAGAAAUCGAAACAUGAAUUAUCGUACACGUCUAAGAACCCUUCAGAAAUUUUUGCAAAACCCUUGUGGCUAGCGCUUCUGAGUCGAAGCAUAAUUGCCAUGCUUCCGCCAUUCAACUUCCUCACGCUUCAUUAUGUAUACUUCAUUGCGACGUCUUUGAUAUGCAGCGUCAUAUUCUGGGGUUCCUCGACUCCGCGGCGCAGUGUUUCAUACACAGACUCCCUAUUUCUAUGCAUCAGUGCCAUGACGGGUGCUGGCUUAAAUACCGUCGACCUGUCUUCCCUGAAUUCGUUCCAACAGUCUAUCCUCUUCGCACUCUUACUGUUGGGGCAUGCUAUUCUCAUCUCAAUAACGGUGCUCUUCGUCAGGAUGGGCGCGUUUCAAGCCAAAUUUAAAGGCAUAUCACUUGAACGUGCCCGUAAAGCACUACAGCAACAACUGGUAGGACAAGACACCAUACUUGAACCAAUCCAAGAGAGUGUUGCCAGCGAGGAACACUAUCAGCUGGCGAAGAUUGACGGUGCUACCCUUGAUGUCAAGCACGCGGUGACAGCAGGAGCUGCACCCGCAGAUAAGUGCAACGACGUGCGAGAUGACGACCAGAUCCGAUGGGUCGACGAUGAUCAAGUCACCCUCAGCCAUAUGAGGGCACGUCAAAAGCACCAUCAUCACCACCGCGUUUUUCCCAUGGUAGGCGUUGGGGCCCGUCUUGACUUGAACAACCACCCCCGAGAUGCUGCGCCAAGAAUGACCCAGAAUGAUGGAGAUACAGAUUUACCUGCCCUCAAAGGCCUUAUCAAGGGCACACAAAAAUACUUUAGGUCAAAAGGAUCUAUCGCACGAAAUUCCCAGUUCCAUGGGCUUACCCCUGAAGAGCGAGAGAGACUGGGAGGUGUCGAGUAUAAGGCCGUUUCCUUACUACUGGUCAUUGUUGCCCUCUACUGGAUCCUGUUCCUCAUUUGUGGUAUCAUUGGGAUGGGUACCUGGAUCGCAGUGAAUCAUCCAGAUAUACCUCGAUCAAACGGCCUAUCGCCUUUCUGGACAGGCGCAUUUUUUGCUGUGUCUGCAUUUGUGAACAGCGGCAUGUCGCUCUUGGAUGCGAAUAUGACUGCAUUCCAGACAAAUGCGUACCCUUUGCUUACCAUGGCAUUCUUGAUUCUGUCUGGGAACACGCUUUACCCAUGCUUCUUGCGGUUUAUUAUCUGGGCAAUGAGAUGCUUGAUCCCAGAUAAGCCGUCAUGGGCGACAUGGAAGGUUACUCUGGACUUCAUCCUUGACCAUCCUAGAAGGGUUUACACAAACCUCUUCCCGAGAAGACAUACAUGGUACUUGCUCGGUACCAUUAUCAUCUUGAAUGCGAUCGACUGGGCUGGCUUCGAAGUCCUUUCAAUCGGAAACAAGGAGAUUGAAAGCUUGCCAACAGGGUAUCGAGUCCUAGACGGACUGUUCCAGGCUUGCGCUGUACGAGCGGGAGGCUUCUACGUCGUUACGAUUGCGGACCUCCGUCAGGGACUACUCGUUCUAUAUGGUAAGCACUUGUUUCCCCAAGCUUUAAUCAGAAUUAUACUAACAAACACAAACGUAUACGAAGAGCGCUCCCUCGGAAUCUACGCUCACGACAACACGGACGACGAGACCGAAGAGAAGGCCUCACCAAACAUGCUCAUCCAAUUAGUCCGACACCACCUCCUCGGCCGACAAGAUGCAUCCACCCCCGAAGCAUCCCGCAGUUACUUCGUCCACCAGCAACUGCGUUCCCAACUGAGCCAUGACCUUUGGUGGAUCGCCCUCGCGGUCUUCCUCAUUGCCAUCGCGGAAUCAGGAAACUACAGCCGCAUGCCCGUGGCAUAUUCGACCCUGAAUAUCAUUUUCGAGGUCGUCUCCGCCUACGGUUGCGUCGGCAUCAGUGUGGGCUUUCCGAGCUCGAAUGCCUCGUUCUGUAGCUCCUGGCAUACCAUCAGCAAACUUAUCUUGGCGGCUGUUAUGCUGCGCGGUCGCCACAGGGGUCUUCCGGUCGCUAUUGAUCGCGCUGUCAUGCUACCGAAUGAGUCCCUUGAGUGGGCGGAGGAGGAAGAUGCUGCUAUGAGACGUGAGCAGUCUCGUGCUUGGGGGAGUGAUAAGAUGCCUGUGGGAUCAGUUUAA